GUGCAGUUCAUAACAUUGUUGCUCUUGAUAAUAAGAAACGAUCUGAUUUCAAAAGUGUUGCAUUUGACUUUCGCAUCAAGAAAAUAUCUGCAUAUGGUAUAGCAUGCGAUAUUAUUGAGGAAAUUUAUAAGUUUCUUUACCCUUUUCAACAGCUAUUAGUAAAAGAAGCUAGUGCUGUUAUGAGCAGACUUAAAAAGAGAAAGAAGCACUGA